GGGUCGGAGCACGUUGCUAGUGGGCGCGGCUGGCCUGGGCAGUGGAGGCCUAGCGUUUGCUGGAGUCCCGUGGUUCCGCACCCUGCCCUACGCUUGGCGGAGUCGCCCUGCUGAGGCAGCUCCUAACGCCCAGUGCGGUAGGAAUCCGUGGAGACGUCCCACAUCCUGAGAGUCUCUGUGGAGCUGAAAUCCAUCACUGUCCUUCAAAAUGCAAUGGAAUGUACCACGGACUAUGUCUCGGCUGUUACUCAGGACAUUCUUGGAAGCACAGAAAGCCAGGCUGUUUGACCACCAUCGGAGCAUAAAAGGACCGUUACUUGUGCAUAGAGGUGAAUACAGAGUGGCUUGGACACCGCACCUUCGAAAGCAGUGGCUUCAUUUAUCUGCUGUUCAGUGCCUUGCAAAGCAAAGGAAUCUGUUAGAUGCUCAGCCACCCCAGCGGGGGGCCCUUCCCCAGGGACGAUGGGAGCAGGAUAUUUUAUCCAAGAGGGUUUUAUCUUCCAGUUCCACAAGCCAGGAAACUCCGUCAGAAAAAAAGGAAGAACCAGAUCCUUUACAAGACAAAUCUAUUAAUCUGUAUCAACGAUUUAAGAAAACAUUUAGGCAGUAUGGAAAAGUUUUAAUUCCUGUGCAUCUAAUAACGUCCGGGAUUUGGUUUGGGACAUUUUACUAUGCAUCUAUAAAAGGAGUGAAUCUCAUCCCUUUCCUAGAGUUCCUUGGGUUACCUGACAGUGUAGUAGACAUCCUGAAAAACUCCCAAAGUGGGAAUGCACUGACGGCCUACGCCAUGUUCAAGAUCGCCACGCCUGCCCGCUACACUGUGACCCUGGGAGGAACCUCCUUCACUGUAAAGUAUCUGCGAAGUCAUGGCUACAUGUCGACCCCGCCGCCCGUCAAGGAGUAUCUGCAGGGCAGAAUGGAAGAGACGAAGGAGCUCAUCACAGAGAAAAUGGAGGAGACGAAGGAUAGACUCACUGAAAAGUUACAGGAAACCAAAGAAAAAGUCUCUUUUAAGAAAAAAGUGGAAUAAGGGUGCCUUAUUACAGAAAAUCCUACACUUUAACCCUCUGUAGACUCUGGGCAAAGACCAUGUUUCUGAUUUUUUUUUUUUUUUCUCUUUUUUGGUUGCCUGCCUAAAUGUAUUCAUUCUCUGAGGGUUGGGUUAAAGAACAAAGAUAGUUGUUUUUUUUUAAAGUUAUGUAACAGUAGGGGGGAUCAAUGUUUUUCAAAAUGAAGAAAUGAACCCAGCACAAAUUUUAUAUGAGUUGCAGCAAUAAGCAGUAGUUAAUGUCCUAGAAAUCAGAGUGCUUUUUCCGUGUCCUCAGAGUCAAAUUUGCUUCAUGUUCUCUGACAUCUGCAGUAAGUGUGUGCUGGUCAGUCCACUCCUAAAGGAAAAGUCACUAAGUGUACACAGUUCUGUGGGAAUGAACUUACACCGUUCAAACUGUGGAUAAAGAGACUAGAGCAGUUCCCUACCAGUUACCAUGUAGAUCUCAUUUCAAGAAGCUCAUGUAAAGAAUCAGUCUUCUAUUUAUAAAUAAGAUGUAUUGGCUAUGUAA